AUGAUCAUCAACGUCGACGAGAAUUCCUUGCCCACGAGCGUCAUCGUCCCUGAACAGGAAGCUGGUAUUCUUUUCAAGUGGGCAAGCCUCGGCAGCUUCACACUUGGCAACGAAAGUGUCCCCAGCUGGCCGAUUGUCUUCGCCGACUUCCCCUUCAACUCGAGCCGCCAGCAGGGCUAUGGCUGGGUUCCUAUGCCUGAUGUCAACCUGACCUCUGGGCCGGAAUCGCACCUCAACUACACCGAUGAAUACGACAAUUCUGAGGGUGUUGGCUUGCCCAGAUGGCGCUGGGUCCCCGUCCCUGUCGAAUUUGUCUCCGAUGAGGAUGGAGAGUCCGUCCGCCAGCGCAGGUCUGUUGACCGGGAUUGGCCUUUUCCUCCCAAGUACAAGGGCGGUGACAAGAAGGGCAACCACACUCGCCUGACUGACUGGUUGCCGUUCCCUCCCAAGCACAAGGGCGGUGACAAGAAGAUCAACCGCACUCGCCUUCCUGAUUGGCAUGAAUAUCCUCCUAAGUUCAAGGCAGGUGACAAAGGGAUCAACCGCGGAGGCCUGACUCACUGGUAUCCCGGGUACAAGGGCGGUGAUAAAAACAAGACCUUUAAAGAGCUUUUAGAUGACUUCAAGCACCGGUUUGGUAACCACACCGCCCAUCGCAACUCGACCGCCGCUCAUGACAGAACCGCCGGCCAAGUCCUCAGAGAUGUUCUGGAUCAGCUCAAGGACCGGGCUCACAACCACACGACCCAUCGCAACCACACCCACGCUCAUGGCAGACCCGCCAGACCGCACACGCUUAAAGACCUUCUAGAUGACCUCAAGCACCGGGGUCAUAACCACACGACCGAUCGCAACCACACCCACGCUCAUGGCAGACCCGCCAGACCGCACACGCUCAAAGACCUUCUAGAUGACCUCAAGCACCGGGGUCAUAACCAAACCACCCAUCGCAACUCGACCGGCCACAUAGCACCGAGGUCAGACCCGCUCGAGGUUGCUGAGGACGUUACCUCCGUGAUAGGCAAGGUUCUCGGCGUGAUCUUCAAGAUUAUCCACGAGGCCGAGGCGCAGCAGGCCGCCCACGCCAACCACCACGCCUGA